AUGUCAUUCUCUUAUGAAAAUUAUAUGAAUCUGAUAUGGCAUUUAAACUAUAGUAAAGAAACAGUACCGUCUGAUAUUGCCAAAAGAAUAGUAUCGCAUGGAAUUGCGCCUGUUAUUACUGUUACAUCAACAGCAGAUCUAGAUCGUCAUAUUCAAGACAUAUAUGGGCUAGAUUCUAUGUAUCAUCUUCUAAGAUUCUUUGGUGGCUGUGUAUCUGAUAGAGAUCAAGCCAAUGAAAAGGACACUAUUCUGAAAUCUUCUAAUAACAAUGAUAAUAACGAUACUACUACUACCGCCACUAGUACAUUUUUGAAAGUUCCUGAACAAAAUAUUCCUAACCAAAGUUCUACCGUCACUACUCCGGGCAAUAGACGAAGAAGCAAUUCUAACAGUCUGUUACAAAGAGAUCAUACUCAGUUACAAUUUAUAAGAUUUUCAAAAUCUUUACCUGAUCUAUUAUCCUCACUGUCUUCACUAAGUUACGAGAAUAAAGACACUGAUGUCCCAAAAGGGACAUCACUUAACUACAAGGAACAAUUAUUAUCAGAGAACCAUUCUUUAGAAAUAUUUUUACGAGAUUAUCUACAUAUCAUAAAUGAAAAUACAUUAUGGAACACAGACCAUCUUCUUCUAAGAAAAUCUAUUUAUCAUAAUUUUUUCUCCCAAACUUUGUCAUCAACCAAAGAUUUAUCCCCAUUUGAAUCCUUUAAUCAUCCUAUUGUCUCAUUGUUUGCACUAGAUAUAUCAAAAGAACAGACAUAUGAAGAUGCAAGAGAAUUAUUGACUACUUUUAAAAAUUUGAACAAAAUUAUCGAUAAUUUCCCACCUUAUCUUAAUAUUAACGACAUUUUACCUAUAUUUCUGCUAUGCUAUGAUGCAGAUUCAACGGAACAAACAGAAACAUGUCAAAGUUUGAUUAAAAAAUUUAAAAAACAGUUAUUUGUAGAGAGUGUCAUGUUACCUCUAUGGAAAAAUAAUCACAUCAAUCAGGAGCAAGAUGAAAUGGUUCCAUAUAAAUUCUUACAUGAACCUGUAAUGACCUCACUAGAUGAAAUUUUAAUUUUAUUAGCCAAUCCAGGAGAUUUGAAUCGUAAAUAUAGAUUACCAUCCGCUAUUAUCAAUGAAAUUUACAAUAUGUUAGAUAUCCUAGUCUAUGAUCUUUUAAUCCCAUUUAUGCAAAGAAAAAUUUCGUAUUGGAAUGAAACAAUAAUGGCACCAAGAAAAUCUAUCUUUCAUGGAUCCAAAUUUUUGAAAAGGUUCAUUAAUAAAUCAAAUCAACAGCAAAUUCAAACAUAUAAGACACCUGAGGGAAUUGACCAUUUCUUAGCAUCUUCAAAUGAAUUUUUGUUAAGAAAAUUGGCGGAUUGGUCCUUAAUGAUAUCCGAUUUUAAAACUGCCUAUACAACAUAUGAUUCUCUCUCAAAUGAUCUGGACAAUUUCCCUUUAUAUUUGGCUUCCUGCUUAGAAUGGUGCUCUGUGUCUUUACUGAUGGGUGCACAAAGUAUAGUAACAGUUAAAAUGAUCAAAAAUGACAUCACACCUUUAAUUGAAAGAGCCGUAGAAAUCUAUAAAACUGACAAUAGACCAAUUUUAGAGACUAGAUGCAUGUUAUUAUGUACUGAACUAUUCCUUUCACUAAGCGAUUCUUGGACCUCCACUCCAUAUGCUAUUCACUACCUUGAAACGAUACUAUCUGAUGGUAAAUUAAGUUCUUUAGCAAAGACACUUAUAUGGGAAAGGUUAAGUGAUUGUUAUGCAUCAAGAAUCGACCCACGAGUUAGGUGUAAAGUUGAAAAUAACAUUAAUAUCACUAGUACUAACAAUGACUUAGUUUCUUUGUCACCUUCAAAUGAGGAUGGUAAUACUCUUGAUGAUUACAUCCUAAAAAGAUACAGUAUAGAUAUUUUGUCUAAAGGUUUUACUAGAAACAGAAAAGCUGCAUUCUUCAGAUUAAUUGCAGCUAAAAAAUGGGCAGAACAAGGAUAUUGGAGACAAGUACAUUGGUGCUUAAAAGAUAUCCAUCAUAUUUAUGAGCAUAUCGGUUUAUAUGACAGACAUGGGUUAAUGUUAAAAAAUUUACACGUAAAGCUACAAGAGAAAAUGACACUCGAAAUAUGA